AUGGCUCACGACAGUGCCCAAGAAGACGACGUAACCAGGGUCAAGCGCAGACCAUGGUGGCACCUCUGGGUGGAUUACCAUCGCGAGGUCAAGCAUCUGGUCAUCGACUAUAGCUUUCGAGAGCGUGAACGGCAGAUAUCCAAGAUCGUAGACGAUGGAGGUUUCAACACCACUGUCUUCUUCGUCGCCGCAUCUGGCUUCCUGGCUUCCUCAUACAGCCUGUUUUCGAUGAACGUGGUCACGCCGUCUUUGUUCUACUUGUACCCCCCUAACGGCAGACUGAGCCCCGGCCCGGGCUUCGUGAUAGAUGAGCUGACGCUCAUCGGGACUGUGCUGGGCAUGGUGGUCAUGGGCCACCUAGCCGACCGGUCUGGGCGGAAGACGUGGUAUGGCGUUGAGUUGCUGAUCCUAAUCAUUGCGACGAUGGGAGUCGUGCAAUCUUCUGAAGGGUUCAUGGUGCAAGAGUCGGGCGGCACCUACAAGAGCUCCAUGGACAUCUACUCCUGGAUAUCCUGGUGGCGGCUGAUCCUAGGCUUCGGAAUCGGCGCCGAGUAUCCCCUCUCGUCCAUCAUAUGCGCAGAGUGGGCAUCUACCGAGUCCAGGGGAACGAUGCUCUCGGCCGUGUUCUUGACGCAAGCUAUAGGGCGGCUCCUAGCAUGCGCAGUCAGCCUCGGCUCGUUGCAAGUAAUCAGCAAACGCUGGCAUGUGCCGCCUGGAAGUGAUUCCGACGACAUGAAACUGGUGGUCGACAGCGUCUGGAGACUGACGGUCGGGAUAGGCAUGAUCCCGGCCGCCGUAGCAGUUCUCCUUCGACUUACAAUACCGGAAACCCCGAGGUACUACGCAGAUAUCAUGAAGGACCUGCGGAUGGCUGUCAAGAACGCCAUGAAGAUCUACGGCCGAAACAAAGACAUCAAGGAGAAAAACCGAAGUUACGAUACCCCAGUGAGACGGGACAGCGACGAAGAGGACGACUGGUUUGGUAGUGCCUGGAACUAUCUGACGGGACCGCAGAAAGCUUGGAAGAGACUUGCCUCUAUAUCACUUCUAUGGUGCAUCAUGGAUAUAGGCUUCUACGGACUGUCGAUGGACAGUCCCAGCGCCCUGUCGACAUUGGCUCAUGAUCCGUCGGACAACUCAACGUCGUACGACUUUGGUUGGCACGCCGGGACGAACGACACCAUGCACGGCGGAGGAAACCAGACAGAGGGUGAUGCUCCCGAUAGCUCCUGGAACACCGACUAUUGGAACCCCAACAAUACAAUAUACAACAUGCUGGAGGAGAACGCGGUCAGGUCUAUCCUUAUCACCACCGUCGCGUCCCUAGCUGGCAGCAUCACGGCCAUAGUAAUCAUCAAUUACUUCCGGAGGAAGUACAUCCUCUUCACGACCUUCCUCAUCCUCAGUGUGCUCUUCGCAGUCGCGGGGGCGAACCUGAUCGUCACAUCAGACAAGAACCAAGCCCAUCUGUUGACGACCAUAUUCAUCGCGCUCAUCCACUUCACCUUCAACGCUGGCCCGAACACUUUGAUCUUCGUCCUGGCCGCCGAGAUAUUCCCCACCGUCUACCGGUGCACCUUUUACGGCAUGGCGGCUGCGUCCGGCAAAGUCGGGGCGAUCGUCAUCCGCGCCGUCAUCGAGGCGACGGAGAACCACGAGAAGUCGCUCGGCAUACGGCUCCUGGUGUGCAUACCGCUGAUGCUCAUCUCGGCUUGGAUAUCUCUCUACCUGCCCGACGUGCAGACCGGACCGAGGCUUGUCUAUAGAGACGCAGAAGCGGAGGCGCAACCUCUUCCCGAGUCUCAGCUGGCAGCUGGCACCGCACAGGAAGAGACCCCAACUGGUCAUACAACGCAGCCGCUACCGACAGGAGAAUCCUUGGGUGACAGAGACUCGGUAGUAUCCACAGAUAUCUCGUCGGUCAAUGACGCGGUCACCCGUACCCAACCAGGACUCUCACCUCCACGGCUUCGUCUUCUGGGCAGGCUGAAGAAUAUCCCACUUGAGAGGAUCGCCCCAAAUCCUUCGUGA